AUGCUGUCGGUGGCUGACAAAAUGGCUGUUAUACAAGAUCAUGAGAGAGGUGUGAGUCGUGCCGAGCUCAUGUGCAGCGAGGGGUGGUUAUGGCGUUUCAAGAGGCGCCAUGGUAUUGUGAAACGUGCAGUUUCAGGGGAAGUCCUCAGUGCUGACGAGGCUGCAGUUCCGCCAUUUGUCAACCGGCUACGAGAACUGCGGGAAGAUGAAAACUUGCACGAGUUUCAAAUUUACAACGCAGAUGAAACUGGGCUAUUCUGGCGCACCUUGCCACGUAGCACCCAGGCCUCCAAGGACCUCACUAGCGUUCCCGGCCACAAGACAGUCAAGGAUCGCCUCUCCAUCCUCGUGUGUGCCAAUGCUGAUGGUUCCCACAAGCUCCAACCAGUCAUCGUGGGAAAGGGCAGACGACCCAGGGCCCUCAAGGACGUGAUGACCAAGCUUCCUGUUAUUUAUCACUCUGCCCCUUCAGCAUGGGUCACCCAGAAUGUAGUGGAAGAGUGUUUUCAUAAAACAUUUGACCCUGCAGUUAGUCAGUAUCAGCUCCGUUUCUAUGGCAUUGCUAGUAAUGAGAUAAAGGCCCUCCUCAUUCUAGACAAUGCCCCGGCUCAUCCCUCAGCGACCAAACUCUGCAGUAAGGAUGGCAAAAUCAAGGCUCUGUUUCUACCGGCCAACACCACCUCCCUCACUCAAACCAUGGAUCAGGGGGUGAUAGAGAGUGCCAAGAGGCACUACAGAAAACUAUUUCUGCAACGUUGCCUGGUUGUGCCGGAGGAUGGAAUGAAUGAGCCUGAUUAUGUUGACAGGAGAGGCAAGAAGACACUCGAAAAUUUCAAGAGCUACAGUAUUAAGGAUGCCAUAUUUAACUGGGCUGAGGCAUGGAAGCAGGUGCCUCUAGCAACACUGAAGAAUGCAUGGUGUAAACUCCUGAAGACGCCAAAGGCCCAAGCCCUUGGCCACGAUGAAUUUGAGGGUUUCGAGAUGAAGAACAUGACGGACUUGUUGUGGGUCGGCAACCCUGUGGCUGACCACUAUGAAACAGUGAGGCUGAUGAGGAUGCAAAUCAUGAAGCUUCAGCAAGAGAAGAUGGUGCAGCUUAAAAUUUCCUCAUUUUCCAAGCCCCUGCCAGGAAGCAAGCGACCCCGCACAACGAAUUAUGAUCUGUCUGUGAAUGUCCCAAGUAUUUCACCCGAGCUGCCGGAGGAAUUAUUCACUGACGCCUAA